GCGGGCCAAGGGGCCGUCCCCGGAGCGACCCUCCCCCGCGGGCCCGCCCCUCCCCGCCGCGGCGCUGAAGGAGGGCGAGGCGGGGCCCCUCGGGUCAGUCUCAGCCUCCCGCGCCGGCCACGCAGCUGGAGGCCACGGAGUCGAAGGCUCAGCCAUGGCUGCAAUCCGAAAGAAGCUAGUGAUUGUGGGGGAUGGUGCCUGUGGGAAGACCUGCCUCCUCAUCGUCUUCAGCAAGGACCAGUUCCCAGAGGUCUACGUCCCUACCGUCUUUGAGAACUACAUUGCAGACAUUGAGGUGGACGGCAAACAGGUGGAGCUGGCUCUCUGGGACACAGCAGGGCAGGAAGACUACGACCGCCUGCGGCCUCUCUCCUACCCGGACACAGAUGUCAUCCUCAUGUGUUUCUCCAUUGACAGCCCUGACAGCCUAGAAAACAUUCCCGAGAAGUGGACCCCAGAGGUGAAGCAUUUCUGCCCCAAUGUGCCUAUCAUCUUAGUGGGGAAUAAGAAGGACCUGAGGCAAGAUGAGCAUACCAGGAGAGAGCUGGCCAAGAUGAAGCAGGAGCCAGUUCGAUCCGAGGAAGGCCGGGACAUGGCCAACCGGAUCAGUGCCUUUGGCUACCUCGAGUGCUCAGCCAAGACCAAGGAGGGAGUGCGGGAGGUAUUUGAAAUGGCCACUCGGGCUGGCCUCCAGGUCCGCAAGAACAAGCGCCGGAGGGGCUGCCCCAUCCUCUGAGGUCCCCAAGGCCUCCCCCACUUACUCCCAUCUCCUCUCAGGGGUGCAGAAACUACCCACCCCUCAGCCCAGCCCCACUCUCUUAGGACUCCGUGCUGAAGGCUCCCCUUUUCAGUUCCCUCCAGCCCAGGACUGCAUCGACUUUCCCCAGCCCCCAUGGUGGUGGUGGUAGGCCCUUCCUGCCCAGUCCUGUGGGAACCUAGGCCUGUGUCCUGCCCUUCCUGAGCAGAAUGUUGCCCCCCACCCCUCCUUAGUUGAGGGCCGGGGCUCUUGUUCUUUGGCCUUCCCCACAAGAUCUGUCACACACCAGCACUUUAUAUACUUCCGGCUCACAGGAGUGUCUGGGGUAGGGGACUUGGAGGAUACAACCCAGAGUCCCUAGCCCUGGUUUUUCUGCUUGGGGUAGGGGCCUUGUCUCUGACUGUACACGGUGGGGGUCUCAAAUAAAGGCAACCGGCUCCAUCA